AUGCCAUCCGACGUACAUUCGUCGUCACGAAGACGGUCAGCACCUUUGGUGGUGCUUUCUGGCGGCCUCGUCUCUCACGUCCACACGGUCCUCGGCUGCGUCGCCUUCUUCGGCGCUCUCCUAACCGCUUUGUCUCUGCACUACCACAAGGUUGUCAAGAACCAUGUAGCACAGUAUCCGGACGAAUGGUGGCCCUCUGUGUCCGCUACCAUUGGCGACUGGUAUCCGGAGCGCAACAUAUUCCAAGUCGGAAUCGCCCUCAUGGCGGGCCCACGCUUCCUGCUCGUCUUUCUUUCUGCAUUGCUCGUCUCGCUUUCAACGCCCACUAGAUCUUCCAAAGCAUCCAUCCUGCUCUUUGUCGGUGUUCUCAGGACUCUGGCCUGCGGAGGUUGGGUUUAUGUUACCAGCACCGAUGACCAUUUCUUCCACGAUAUCGCCAUGUUCGCCUACCUCGCACUCACACCCCCUUGGAUGUUCAUCACCAGCGGCAGCCUGGCCCAGCCGCGUAUUGGAACGCAAUCAGCAGCAUCCGACGAUAAGUUGUCAGCCAAAGCUCGCAAGAUGCGCAGACUGGCCUGCUUCUCCUUCUUUGCUUGCACGCCAUUCAUGGGCUUCUUCUUUUACCGUCACAACGUACUCCGCAUUCCAGGCGCCUACUCUCACUACGCCUACUUCGAAUGGGGCCUCAUCAUAUUUGACCUUCUAUUCGACGCGGCGAGCGUAUACGACCUCUCUCGCUUCGAGAUUCACAUUGUCGAGGCGCCCGAGCCCGAGGAUAAUUCAUCGGCUGGAACUGUUGCACAAACUACCAAGUACGGUCCGGAAGGACGUCGCCUUGUUGAUGGUGCCUGGAUCCGUGGAGGCAGGAACCAAGCCAUCGAAUCCGGCGCCUGGUCGACCGCUCAUUCGGAUGCGCAAUCAGAAGGUCAGAGACCUGCUUCAGAGAAGCAGACGGAGAUCGACGAUGAGGCUGUCGAUGCUGCACUCCAGAGCAAGGCUCAUCCCGCGACCAGCCCAACCAGUCUCAGAGCCAUCAUCUCGCUCGUCUCGGACAGCUACCUUGCCUUUUGCUUCUGGACGGCGCUCACAGCUCUGCAUCCAAUGAUCUUCUACUUCAGCGUCUACAAUCUCGCUAUCGGCGGCCAUGAGGCGCUACUCGUCUCCCAGGUCAUCGGCCUGAGCCUGACCCUUGCUGUCCCCGCGCUUCGCUCUCGCGUUCGUCAAACCUCAUCUACCGGCGCAUCAACGGUCGGACUCGUCUCUUCGCAAGCAAAGGCGCUAGGCUGGCUGUUCUCACUGAUUGGUCAGGCAAGCUGGUGCAUCGAUGAUGCGCUGAUCCGUCUAAUCGCCGUCGCUUUCUCCAACGCGCUGCUGGCCGUGUUGCUCGCACUCGAGUGGGGCGCCGCAUGGGAAAGCGAUCAACUGCCUGUCAAGGUGGGCGUCUGGCUCAUCGGACUGCUCGCUUCGAACCUUGCCAAGUACGCCAACCACAGCAACAACCCUGCAUGGCCGUUCAUGGACUCCACCAAUGGAGGACACAAUGUUGUUCUGCUCGUCUUGGCCCUGCUUGCCGUGACAGAGACAGCACUUCGUCCGAAGUACAACUAUUCGCCUAAGAUUCGACGACGCCAGGGACAUCAGAACAGUUCCGUUGGUCAAAAGCACAACGCCACGACAAGUGGCGAGGCGACAGGUAGCUUCUGGGCUGCCGCUGCUGGUAUUGGCGCCUUGCUGUACGCGAUCCAUACCUUCCUUACCGACACGGGGACCAUGAUCGCAUGGGGAUGGACCGGAUAUCCGAUCACCGGCCCCACGGCCAUCCCACAUGGCUGCAUCAUCCUCGUUGCCAUGGCAUUUGCAUCGCUUGCUGCAACUCGCUGGACGACCUUCGGAUACCGUCUGGGCCUUUUCCUUGCACAGUGCGGCUCGGCAGCGCUGCUGCACUUUACCAGCGACUGGAGCAGCUUCAUUGGCGCCAUAGGAAUUGCGCUCAGCCUGCCACCGCUCGCUCUCCCUAUUAUCUCGGCUGCCAUGCGCCACGAUCCCAUCAAGGUGAUGCUGUGUGGGUGGCUUAUUGCCAACGUGCUCACCUUCUUUGGCGUGUUGACGGUCGCCUAUGCGUUCGUGCCAGGUGGCAAGAUCAUGAGGGAGCGUACAGGCUUGAUGCUGAUUGUACAACUCGUGCUGCUCAGCUUAGGGCUCUUCAACGCCCGUCGUACCGAUUUGAAGCGGCGCUCGACAAAUCCAGCGUCGUCGUCGCCAUCCUCAUCGUCAUCGCGGUCGAGCAGCAAGAUAGUCAAGGCGAACGCAUCUAGCACGGCCGCUCGAUCGGGGUCGACCUAUUACAUCUGCCUGCUCAUGGCUAUCAUCGGUGUCAUUGGCAACUUGGUUCCGCUGUACCGCAUCGUACCCAGCUCUUCCAUCGUUCCGCAUCACCCGGAAGACCGGUUGGUGACGGCGGGCAUGUGGACGGUGCAUUUUGCGCUCGAUCAGCACAUGCGCGACAGCUCUCGGCGCAUGGCAUCGAUUAUGAAGACGCUCGAUAUGGACCUCUUCGGGCUGGUCGAGUCCGAUCUGCAUCGUCCCGUGUUCGGCAAUCGCGACCUCACCCAGUAUCUCGCCGAGGAGCUCAAGAUGUAUACGGACAUUGGCCCAGCACCUAGCAAGAACACGUGGGGAGCCGCACUCUUCUCCAAAUUCCCCAUCAUCAACUCGACGCAUCAUCUGCUGCCAUCUCCUGGCGGCGAGCUUGCCCCUGCCAUCCAUGCCGUGAUCGACCUGUACGGCACACCCACGCAUGUCAUUGUCUCGCACAACGGGCAAGAAGAGGAUCCACUCGACCGUGAGCUGCAGACUACCGAAAUCGCGCGCAUCUUGCGUGAAGCGUAUCCGCACCCGGCUAUCUUCUUGGGAUACGUGGUGACCAAGCCACAUGCUGAGCGACCAUCGCCAUACAAGAUCCUGUUCGAAGACGGCAAGAUUCAGGAUGUGGAGCCCACAGAUUUCGGGCGAUGGUGCGAGUACCUUGGGUUCCGCGGCCUCGAGAGGAUAUCGUAUGUCAGGGUGUCAAGAUAUACCGUGACCGACACCGAGUUGCAAACGAUGAAGUUGGUGGUGCCGAAGGAGCCUAUCAAUCCAGACGAGAACGACCAUACUCGCUUCGUCAUUGCCGAGACGUAUCCCGAAUCGAUGCGCUAUCCGACAUCACUGAUCGACCCAGAUGCCUUCGUAUACGACAAUACAGAUUCCCGUUACAAAGCGGAACAAGCGAGGCCGAGAAAAGGCAGGGCAGCGUCGAUUCGUGUCGCUGCGAAGCGCAACAAGGUCGACUCGUGCUGGGCUACAAGCGAGCACAAGCCACCAUAUCCCGAUUAUGGCCAGGACGAAGCAGACGGCCAGGAGGACCACCGGCGGCAGAGCGCCACGUCAACCGCAGUGCCCCACCAGUCAAUGGCGGUGGCUCAAACUAAUCCUGAGGUAGCGUCUUCGAGCACGAUCAACGUCGAGGACACUCGCCCCCACCUCCGCGCCGACGCACAUGCCCAAGCAAACGCUCUCGGCCCCAGCAGCAGCCCGGGUGGAGAAGUGAUCAGUGUCGAUAGCGACAGCGACAGCGAAAUCGAUGAGAUCGAUGCCGACAACCAGAGCAACAACAGCAGCGGAAGCACCGGCUCCGUUGUGACCUCUGUCACCACCGUCACCACCAACACUAUCAACACUACCAUGACUAUCAUCACAAUCACCAACACCAUCACAAACACUGCCACCACCGACACUUCCGGCGGCACUGGCGCAGUCGUCCCUUCUCAGCAUCCUGUCACGGGAGCGGCUGAGCGCUGCAUACUAAGCACCUUGUCGACGCUCCAUGUCGACGAGUUCCUCAAUUUUCCGGCCUUGCGCGUUCGCGGCCGCGAAAGCCUCGUCAGAAAACUCCAAGAGAUCCACGCGGACUUUGUCGAAGCGCUCGACGAGUAA